AUGGCACCCUCUCGGGGCAAGGCGUCGAUCGCCUCGGCUAUAGACGAGGGGGACACUGCUGUUCAACAACAAUCCAACUCUGCCUUGAUUUCCGCCAAACGCAACCUGAACUACCUCAUCUCGCCAACUGCCACCACAGCCGAGAAGCCUGCUCGAUUUCGAACGCGCGCACUGCUCCGCUCAGUCCGAUAUGUAGGGCAGUUCAUCAUCUGGCGCCUGGUACGCUGGGCAAAAUAUGUGGCAGUUGGAGCCUUGGUGGCCGCAGUGGGAGCGACUGCGGUUGGCGGCAUGGUGUCCGGAGUGGCUUGGAUAGCUGCUCCCCCUACAAUUGGAGCAAGUGUUAUUGCAGCGGGUGUUUGGGGAGUGGGCAGGUUUGCAGCCCGCAGGCUACAUAAGAGAUGGAAGAAUAGUGGAGGCGAUAUGGGAGAGGAAGUCAGGGAGCGGGCUGAGGAUCAAGCUGGAGGGAUAAGGCAAGAGGGCUCGUAUGGGUUGGAUGUUGGGCCGAGAGCAGUCCCUUGGUGA